UUUACUAAGGCAACAUCAUAGAGUUAUGAAUACACAUGUUGACGGACGACGGAAGGACAAGCCACUCGUGUAACAUUUGAUAUUCUUCCUAAUUUUCAGUACAGUUUACUAUUGACUUUGGCAAAAAAUUCUCGUAUCUUUUUAAAUUAGCAUAAGCUCAUAUAUUAUUUGAAAACACGUAAUAUUUAACCUAAAAUAACAUUCAAUGUCAGAAAGGACAGUACCAGUGCCAGCCGUGAGGCCCCCAGUGGACAAGCCGCAGAGGCUGGUUGGGGUGAGUCACAGCAACAAUAGCAACAGCCUCGUAGAUCAUGUCACCGCUGCAGAUUCGUUGCACAAUGUGAUACGUAUAGUUUUACAGAACGUUUGUGCAAUAUUAGAUGAUGUUCAGUACUACAAAACACCAGAACUACAGGCUGAAUUCCAGGCACUCAAGAUAGACUUUCAAGAAUUAGGCAGGGAUGCAUCAUACGAAGAGACAAGAGACAACUACCAUCAUCACUUCUGGAAGGCUGAUUUCGAAUCCGAGAGCAAAUAUUUGAUAACAAAACUGUCUCAGUUAGCACAUGCUCUAGUGGAUUAUAAACAGACUUGCUGUGAUGCUAGUAGGAAUAUUCGGGCUUUGGAUCAGGCCUACUGGGAUAAUCUAUGUGACAAACAUCUGCAGGAGAUCAGGAACUUUAGACAGGAAAUUGCACCAAAUGUUAACGAAGCAUUAAAACAAACAUCGCAAGUGAAUCAACUGUCUGCGCCACUUUACAGCUCCCUACAGUGGCGACCUGGUACAGGACCGUUAGAUGAUCCUGAAAUCAGACGACCGCUUCCUAACGAGUGUACGAUUACAACACGAGAAACUAUUCGGCAUCAGGUGUACAAGAUUCCAAAUGUGCAUGAUAUUCCCGAUUACUCCGGUAGACCAGCUGCAAUGAAUUCAGGCACAGACGCAACUUUGUCUAGUGCUGGACGCUAUGGCGGAAGACACAUCUACGAACAAUCAAUAAAUGCAAGAAGAUUUCCAGUAGAGCAAGAAAUCAGACAUGUGUCAAGUCGAUAUAAACACAUUCACGGUUUCUGUGAAUAAAUCAAUUUUGCUCUUGUUUGGGUUUAAGUACCAUGUAAAUACUUUUUAAAAGGCCUAUGUUGAUCACUAAAUAGCCCUCUAGAAAAAUCCAAAUGAUGGAUAAUAAACAAUAUACGGUUCA